GCCAAGAUGGCGGCGCCCUGUGGCGCCAUGAGUGAACUGGAGAGCAGCAGCGGCAGCGAGGCGGAGGAACUGGCGCGAUGCCGCGAGGCGGCGAUGCCAGCCUGGGGCUUGGAGCAGCGCUCGACGGGGCCGGGAAGGCCGCGGGCCGACCCUGCAAAGAGCCAGCUGCCACCCACCCAGCCAAGCCUCAGGCGCAAGGUGGAUGAUCACGAGCAGGAUGGCAACGAGCUCCAGACCACCCCCGAGUUCCGAGCCCACGUAGCUAAGAAGCUGGGCGCCCUCCUGGACAGCUCCAUCACCAUCUCAGAAGUCGCCAGGGCGCCGGCAAAGGCCAGGACCCCGAGAGACCCCACGGAGGAUAGUGGGUUCCGCCUUUUCUUCACCUCCCUCCCGGGAGACCCCGAGAGGAAAGCGUCCCCUCCGCGCCCCCAAAAGCGGCCGCCUUCCAGCUCCAGCAGCAGCGAGGAGAGUGACCAAGAACUGCAGCGGUGCCGGGAGGCGGCCGUGUCGGCCUCUGACCUCCUGCAGGAGUCCGCCCUCCACGGCCCCGAGCAGCUGGAGAAAGACGUGGUGAAGAAGAAGAAGAAGAAGAAGAAGAAAAAGAAGAAGCUGCAGGUGCCAGCCCAGGAGGCCGCCAGCGCCAGCCUAGCUGCCACCACCGCCGUGGACACGCCAGAAAAGGAAGCGACGAAACUCAACGGAGACCAGACGUCCCCGAGAGCCAAGAAGAAGAAAAAGAAGAAAAAGGCAAAGCAGGCGGGCGAGGCUGCCCCGUCCCCCUGAGCACUGCGGACUGAGCCGGCCCGCCCGGGUGGGGGCCAGAGGCCCCAGUGCCCCCUCCAGGGCCGAGGACUGGCAGGACCAGGCUCUGUCCCCCGGGGGCCCGCCCGGGUCUGGGCCGAGAAGGGGCUGCAGGGUGAGCGCCAGAGCCGGGCCUGCACCUGCGUUGGCGCCGAGGGUGGGGCAGACCUCGGGGCCGAGACGUUCCGUGGCCUCGGGAAGGAGGAGCCCAAUGGCCCUGCAGGACUGGAACAUGCCCCACCCUCACACUGAGGGGGCCCGACCCCCCAGCUGCCAGGGAGACGCUGCCCCCUUCAGCCCACACAGACUUGGCUCUCACAUGUGCCGGGAAAGAGCAGCUUUCCUCCCUGCAGGGUUCCAGAAUUUUCUCUCUGAGCCUUUGUGAGAUACUGAGAAUAAACCAUUAAGGGACCCGAAGCCCAGCCAAAGUGACGUGUGGUGUCGCCUCACUCCGAGGUAGUUGGGGUAAGGGUCAGACCUGCCCCCCGCCUGGAGGGCUUUCCUUCACCCCAGCUUUAAGACUCCAGGGUGGGGGCGUGUCGCUCACCCUGGCGUCCCCGGCCUUAGAGGUGUGAGGUCCCAGGUUCCAUCCAUCCCCGCCAGGGCAGGCACGCUGGCCCCUGACCCCCCCACCGCACACACGGGGGGUCCAAGAGAGCGAGCUUGCAGCCUCUGGCACAUUCCUCCUUCAUUUUUACUAAAAGUUAAAUAAAUGUACAGGUUCCCUG